GAGGACACAAGGUAUCUGACUCUGAAGUCAGCCUGGGACAUCACUGAGCCUUCAGGAGACGGGUGGCAUUGCUUCUUCCUUCGACGAGAGAUUGCAGGCGCGGAAUGUAUGUUGACGGUCGUUCCCCGCGACUGAAGCGAGACAUUUGCAGUGCUUCUGCCAUAUUGGACGGUCUUCCCCCAGUGAAUAACUGCUACUUAUUAAUCUCCUGGACUGUUUAAGGGGAAGUGAGGCUAACACCAGAGCAGAAAUGGAUGUCUUUGGUGGCGCACCACGUUUCUUUGCCUAUCCAAGGCCUGUGGUGGUGCAAAGUGGAACUGACGCGGUCCUAAAAUGCCAAAUUGGUGGCGAUCCGAGGCCAGCAGUCAUUUGGGAGCGAAACAACAAGAAGAUCGACCCACAGGGACGAUACAGGGUCUUUGAGGAUGGUAAUGUUUACAAUCUCAUCAUUUCGGCUGUGACCACAGAGGACAGUGGCCAGUACAUAUGCAAAGCGAAGAACAGCAUUGGGGAAACAUACGCAGCGGCCACCCUGAAGGUAGAAGGCGAAGCACAAGAGAUGGAGGUCAGAGAGGAAAACAAGCCGCGGUUCCUCAUCAAGCCCCUUUCCACUCGCGCCGGUCGUGGGGACGAUGCCGUCUUCUCUUGCAAGCUCUGGGGAAACCCACGACCAGAUGUAGUCUGGGAAAAGGACGGCAGGAAACUCCACGAAAUAUUUGAAAGCACGCAUUUCAGCGUGGGCUUCCAGGACGGUGGAUGGUUCCAGCUCAAGAUCUUUAAGACUCGUGCUCCAGACGGUGGCGUGUAUACAUGCAAAGCCAGGAAUGAGUUUGGGGAAGCGUUGGCGGGAGCUGUGCUGCUGGUUGAUGCAGGCCCAGGACACGAGGAUGAGGCCAAUCGUAAUGGCUACACAAAUGGCCACUGGAAAGCCCACCAGGGAAAGCAGAGGAGUGGAAGGCAAGUCCCGAACCGGCUCAAAGAUGACACCAUGACCAAGUCUACCAAAGUGAAAAUGUUUGCAGUGACCGAGGGGAAACAUGCCAAAUUCCGCUGCUUUGUGACCGGGAAACCCAAACCAGAAAUCCUUUGGAGGAAAGAUGGCCGGCUGAUAUUGUCUGGACGGCGUUACUUGUUAUACGAGGACAGAGAAGGAUACUUCACACUCAAAGUACUGUACUGUAAGCAAAAGGAUAAUGGAGUUUAUGUUUGUGCUGCGUCAAACACUGCGGGGCAAACCCUCAGCGCCAUACACCUCUCCGUGAAGGAGCCGCCUGUGCGGUUCAAGCAGCCUCUCAUUGAUCUAGAAGUGUGGGAGCAGGAUUUGGCUGUCCUCGAGUGUGAAGUUCCAGAAGACUCCGUUCCAAUCACAUGGUAUCUGGAGGACCGACGACUGCAGCCAGGGGCCAAAUAUGGAAUGGAAGAGUGGGGAACAAAACGACGACUAACUAUCCGUGACAUCGGAGUAGACGAUGAUGGGAUUUACCUCUGCGAGAUGCCCGAUGGGGGCAGAAGCAUAGCAGAGGUAGCUGUGAAAGGGACAAUUUUGCGAAAGCUUCCAAGAAAAGUGGACGUAUUGGAAGGUGAAAAUGCAGCCUUUUGUGUUGAAGUGGACAAAGAAGAAAUGGACAUACAUUGGUACAAAGACGCCAUAGAGCUGCGGGAAACGCAUCAGACCAUCCUUAAGUCCUUUGGUCGAACUCACAUCCUAGUUUUUGUCAACACGAUGCCCCAAGACUCUGGCCUUGUGACUUUCCUCGUGGGCAGGUCUAAAACUUCAUCUCAGCUUAGAGUGAAAGCGGCCAGACAUUGUCCUCCCAGUUGUCCGGUGGGUGUGCAGAUCAACACAGAGCGGGCUAACGCUGCCCUUCUCUCGUGGGCCCCUGCUCAAGACACCCGAAAGAACCCUCCAUCCGGAUAUGUGCUUGAGCGUCAGGAAGUGGGCACAGGCUCACAGGAGUGGCUACAGUGUCUGACCACCGACUCCGCAACCUCUGUGGAGAUCCUUGGAGACAGCGUGCCAUGUGAAGCCGAUUAUCGAUUCCGCAUCUGCAGUUUAAACAAAUACGGAAAGAGCAACAAUGUUGAGUUCCCUAAAGCUGUUCAUUUGGUUCCAGUUGCCCGAAUACAAGCUCCGUUACAGGAUGCCCUGGUGCCCGAGGGGCAAGACGCCCUCUUCUCUAUUGAGCUCUCUGCUUCAGUCAUCGGUACAUGGUUUUUAAACGGUACCCAGCUGCAGGAGGACGAGCAUUAUUGCAUACGCAGGUCACGAACACACCAAUCUCUUCGCAUUCGAGGAGUUCGGGAUACAGACAAUGGAGCCGAGAUCACGUUCAUUGCCUAUGGCAUCCGUGAUUCUGCCGCACUGUACAUUCAAGCUCCACUUGUCAAGUUUUCACCAAUGUCAGAAAUGGAUCGAAACAAAUUUGUAGAAGUAGGGAACCCAAUUGUGCUCUACUGUGAGCUGUCAGACCCUGCGGUUCCAGUGCACUGGUACAAGAAUGGGGUGGAAUUACAAACCCUGGAGGGUCUGCAUAUCCAAUCAGAGGGCACCAUGAGAAGAAUUGUCAUCCAAUCUGCAGAGUUCUCACACUCUGGAGUGUAUUCCUGUGAUGCCAUUGAUGAUGUCAUCCGGUUCAAUGUGGAAGUAGAGGCCCCACCAGUGAGGUUUUCAGCACUUCCAGAUGCUGAGAGGAACAAAACCAUCGAAAAAGGCUUCCCCAUUGUUUUAUGCUGUAAGCUCUCAGAUCCCGCUGCCCAGGUGCACUGGUACAAAGAUGGUUCAAAGCUUCACCACCAAACCGGAGUAGAAAUUCUUACUGACGACUUGGCGAGAAAACUGAUUGUCUAUUCAGCAGAAUUUUUCCACUCCGGUUUAUACUGCUGCAAGACAAAGGGUGACGCUGUCACGUUCAGUGUGGACAUCAAAGCUCCACCUGUGAAGUUCUCAGCAAUUCCUGAGGAAAUGAGGACCAGGUCGAUCGAAGCAGGCUGCCCUAUUAUUCUCCAGUGCGUGGUGUCGGAUCCCGAGGCCCACGUUUGCUGGUACAAGGAUGAGACGCAGCUCAUUUCAAACGCUGGCUUAGAAAUCCAAUCAGAGGGCAACACAAAGACGUUAGUUGUUCAGUCUGCAGAGCUUUGCCACUCUGGUGUGUACAGAUGCAGCACACAGGAUGAUACCAUGGAGUUUCAAGUGGAGAUCAAAGCUCCACCUGUGAGAGUUACAACACUUUGUGAGGCUGAAAGGAACAAGUCUGUUGUCGUUGAUGAACCAAUCGUGCUGCAAUGUGAGAUAUCAGAUCCUAAAGCUCAAGUUAAUUGGUACAAGGAUGGAAUAAGUCUACGGGAAGCAGCUGGUCAAGACAUGCUGGCAGAAGGUUCCAUAAGAACAUUGGCUAUCCAGUCAGCGAUGCUGUCUCAUGCAGGGACUUACAGCUGCAAGACAACAGAUGAUGCCCUGCAAUUUCAUGUGGAUGUUAAAGCUCCCCUUGUGAAGUUUUCUGCUUUAUCUGAGGGUGACCAGAAACAGACGGUCAUGGCAGGCUUUCCCAUUGUUCUACAAUGUGAGCUGUCAGAUCCCACGGGACAGGUCAGCUGGUACAAGGAUGGAACAAAGCUACCACCCAAAAAGGGAGUAGACCUCCAGUCAGAAGGAAAUGUGAGGAGUCUAGUUGUCCCAACAGCAGAGCCGGCUCACAGCGGCGUAUAUCGUUGCGAGUCAAAGGAUGACGACAUCCAGUUUGCUGUGGAAGUAAAAGCACUACCUGUGAAGUUCUCAGAGCUUCAAGAGACUGACAAGAGCAAGUCCGUCCAAGAAGGUUCUCCAAUUGUCCUCAGCUGUGAACUCUCUCACGAUCCCUCUGCUCGUGUCGACUGGUACAAGGAUGGGUCGAAACUCCUACCAAAAAACAACAUGGAAAUACAGUCAGAUGGUCUUACAAGGACAUUACUCAUCCACUCAGCUGAAAACGUAGAUGGCGGCACCUAUGAAUGUUCAACAUCAGAUGACACCGUCACAUUUACAGUCAACGUAGAAGGCCGAUCGCCAGAGAUCAUGCCAAUCCCACUGUCUGAAAAAUACAAGAUGGUUGCAAUGGGUUGUCCAAUUAUUCUGCAGUGUGAGGUCUCAGACACUGUGGCACAGGUUUCCUGGUUUAAAGAUGAGGUGGAGCUUUUUAGCAAAACUGGCCUCGAUAUGAAAAGAGAUGGCAGCCUGCGGAAGCUAAUGAUCCAUUCUGCUAAGGUCUCCGACUCUGGCAUCUACAGUUGUAGCCUCGCUGAGGAUGUUGUGACAUUCCAGGUGGACGUCGAAGCCUCACCUGUGAGGUUUUCAGAACUUCCAGAGAUCGCAAGAAACAAAUUUAUCGAAGCAGGCUGUCCAAUAAAGCUGCAGUGUGAAGUCUCAGAGCCAACUGCGCAGGUCUAUUGGCACAAGGAUGGAGAACAGCUACCUCCAAAGAGCGAAGAUGAAAUCCAAAUCCAAGCGAGAGACAGACUGAGAGCAUUGGUUAUUACAUCAGCAGAAGUCAGACACUGUGGUGUGUACAGCUGUGAGGCCGCAGAUGACCGUAUAGAAUUCAAGGUGGAUGUUGCAGCUCUUACAGAGGCUGAGAGGAGCAAAUCUGUUGAAGCAGGCAGCCUGAUCAAUCUGCAGUGUGAGACUGCAGACCAGACAGGCCAGAGUUCCAGGUGUGAGGAUGGAAUAAAAGUCUCGCAAAAUUUGGGUACAAACAUGGAUUCAGAGGAUGAUAAGCGGACACUGGCUAUGAUGUCGGCUACGUCUUCGAGCUCUGGAGUGUACGGUUGUAAAACCAAUGAUGAUUCAGAUUCCAACGAUUUCUAUGUGGAGGUGAAAGCUCCCCUGGUAACAUUUGGCGAUAUCCCAGAGGAAGACCUUUUCAAGAGUGUCGUGGAACAAGAACCGUUUGUUCUGUCAUGUGAAGUAUCAUGGGCUGAUGCCGUUGUCCAGUGGUACAAAGACGGAAUGGAAAUGCAACCAUGCAACAACAUUGCAAUGCGAGCAGAGGGCACCAAAAGGAAUGUGACAGUAAAUGCAGCCCGACUGUCCGACGGAGGCACGUACACAUGCCGUGCAGGAGACAAUGUUCUCAUGUACAAGGUGACCAUCCGAGAACCUCCGGUACUGAUAAUCUACCCCAAAGAGGAUGUCCACCUUGACCGCCACGUCCCCGAGGAAAUUAUUCUGAGCUGCGAGUUGUCUCGUCCGAAUGGCGUCGUCAGUUGGUACAAAGAUGGUCAAAAGCUGCAAGAGAGCGAGAACAUCAAGCUUAAGAUUGAAGGCCCUUAUCGACGCCUGAAGAUUAUUUCUAGUGGAGUGGAAGAUUCCGGAGAAUACGUCUGUGAUACAGCAGAUGCUUCGAUAUUCUUUCAACUUAGUAUUACAGAACCUCCAGUGCAGAUUGUGUCCCCGAGUCAGUCCCAAAUGGAGCUGUGCCAGCAGACCUCUGAGAGGAUGGUGCUGAGCUGUGAGAUCUCGAGGCCCAAUGCAGUGGUGCGCUGGUAUCGAGACGGACUCGAGGUGGAGGAGAAUGACAAUCUCCUUCUAGAGGUGGAUGGUGUCUACAGAAGACUUAUCAUACCAGAAACUACUGUCAAAGAUUCCGCCGAAUAUGUCUGUGAUACUGCAGACGACUCCAUGACAUUCUUUGUAAACAUAGCAGAGGCUCCUGUUCGUUUUGUGCGUCCAAGGAAGAUGGCAAGUAGAGUGGAAAAAGUGGCAGGGGAGACUCUUGUUCUAGACUGUGAGGUUUCAAGAUCAAAUGCAGAGGUCACCUGGAAGAGAAACGGGGAAGAAGUAGAAGACUCCAGAAAGAUCACCAUCCUCGAAGAUGGUUUCAUGCGUCAAUUAACUGUUCACUCACUGACCAUGGGGGACGCUGGGCAAUAUGUUUGCGAUGCAAAGGAUGAUGUGAUGGAUUUCCAUGUAAAAGUCCAAGACUUGCCGGUGAAGAUUCUUGGAAAAACCGACGCAAAAAACGAAAAGCAGUUCUUGGUAUAUGACGACAUUAUUCUAGUGUGCGAACUGUCCAGAUCCAAUGCCGCAGUCAGCUGGUACAAAGAUAAUCAGCUCAUUGAUGACACUGAGAGAUACUGUAGCGAACACCAAGGUGUUUUCAGAUCACUGGUUGUCCUAAACGCUGGGCUAGAGGAUUCAGGAGAAUACACCUGUGAUGCAGUAGAUGAUAAGAUGAUCUUCUAUAUCACGGUCAAAGAGCCUCAAGUACAGAUCAUUGGGAACUCGGGCCACCCGGAGCAUCACAUCCUGGUAGCAGGAGACGACCUUAUUUUGGAGUGUGAGGUGUCUCGGCCAAACGCCAGCGUUCAGUGGCUUUGGAAUGGCGAGAUCUUAAAACCAGACACUCGUAUAAAGAUUGACAGCUACGAUGUUGUGAGGAAACUGGUUCUCUCUGGACUCCGGCCCUCCGACUCCGGUAACUACAUUUGUGAUGCCGUAGAUGACAAGUUGACAACAAUAGUUGAAGUCCACGAGCCCAUGGUCAAGUUUGAAAACAAGAGAACAAGUAAUAACCUCUCAGCCUAUGAAAACGAGAGUGUUACAAUGUGUGCCGUUGUUAGCCACGAAAGAGCUAACAUCCGUUGGCUGAAAGAAGGCCAACUAUUAAACGGGGACAACAUUCACAUCUCCAGUGAGGGUAACACCCACAAGCUCACCAUUAAUCCGCUGCAGCUGUCAGAUUCUGGAGAAUAUGUUUGUGAUGCAAAGACAGAUGAGAUGUAUUUCAGUCUUUUAGUCAAAGAAAUGAAGGUGAAAUUCCUCAGACCCCUGGAGAACACCGUGUCUCAGAAGGGCAGCGCUGUUAUAUUAAGAUGCGAGAUCAACAAGCCCAAAGGAGAUGUUCAGUGGCUCAAAGAUGGCCAAGAAAUCAGCCCAAGCCGCCGGCACACAAUAAGGGCACAAGGUCGAGAGCGAAGCUUCACACUCCACCAACUGGUGGAAGGAGAUGCUGGAGAAUACAGCUGUCAAUCCACAGAUGACCGAACUUCAGCUACGGUCACUGUAGAAACUCCCCGUGUUGUCGAGUUCAUAGCGGAGCUUCAUAACACCACCGUCCGCGAAGGAGAAGACGCGGUGUUCAAGUGUGUGGUCUCACCAGAGGACGCCCGGCUGGUGUGGCGCUUAAAUGGCAAAAGAGUAGCUCUGACUAAGCGCACUGUCAUUUCAAGUAACGGACUGUGCCACAUGCUCUGCAUCCACAACUGCAUGGUUUCAGAUAGCGGCCGAGUGACAGCUGAUGCAGAGGGUUCGGUAUCAGAGGCCGAACUCCAGAUUCAAGAACAACAAGUGUUGUUCACCAAGAAAAUGACACCAGUUGUAGCUGAGGAGUGCAGUGAGGCCACUCUGGAGGUGGAGGUGAGUCUGGAUUCAGGAGAGGUGCAGUGGAUGAGGCAAGGGGUCUUGAUCCACCCUGGGGUCAAGAAUAUCCUCAAUCACAACGGCCGAAAACACAGUCUCACCAUCCACAAACUGGCCUUGUCCGACCGAGGCCUCUACAGCUGUGAAACCCUCCACGACCGCACGCAGGCCCAUCUCACAGUGGAACCUCGAAAAAUCACAAUCAAGAGAGGGCUGACUGACAUCAAAACCACGGAGCGAGAAACGGCCUCGUUGGAGGUGGAGCUCUCCCAUCCAGACGUCUCAGGCACCUGGACCAGGAACGCCGUCAAGCUCAAGCCGACCAAUCACUUCCGCAUGAGUGCCAAGGAACUGGUCCACAGCCUCACUAUCUCCAACCUAUCAGUGGAAGACACCGGCACCUUCACGUUCAGUGUGGACAAUGUGAAGACCUCCGCGAGGCUUGUUGUGAAGGAACCCCCGGUGACCGUUUUCAGAAAACUGGAGGACCAGAGGUUCCCUGAAGGGGCAGUGAUCUCUCUCGAGUGUGAGCUGUCAAGACACAACCUUGAUGUGAAAUGGAUGAAGAAUGGGCUUGAGGUGAAGCCUGGCAAGGACCUGCGCAUUUAUGCAAUGGGAAGGAAACGCUUUCUUCAGAUCAUGAAAUGCAAUGUCGGUGAUUCUGGCACGUACACCUGCGAUGCUGGAGACGUCACCACGAGCUGCACCGUGGACGUCUAUGAGCGUGAGCUGCUGAUCCUCCAGGCCCCGAAGGACCUGGGCAUCCAGGAGGACCAGAACGCUGUGUUUGUUUGUGAGCUCUCAGUGGAGGAUGUGCCGGGGGAGUGGUACAAAAACGGGGAGAGAAUACAGCCCACCAGCACCAUCAAGAUCCGGCAGGAAGGGACCAAACAUUUUCUUCUUAUGUGCAACGUGAAAGCAGAGGACUCUGGAGAGAUCAAGUUUGUCUGCAGAAGUAUUGAAUCUGUCGCGUACCUGGAGGUGGAAGAGCUCCCGGUGAACAUUGUGAAACCUCUGCAGGACACGACGGCCCUCGAGAAGAGCCGCGUGCUCCUCGACUGCACCGUGUCCAACCCCAGAUGCAGCAUCCGCUGGUACAAAGGCAGCAGCGUCAUCCUGCCCUCCGAGCGCUUCGAGAUCUGCAGCGAGGGCUGCUACCGCAAACUCAUCCUGCAGCAGGUGGUGCUGGACGACGAGGGGACGUACAGCGUGCAGGUCGGAGAGCACUCCUGCUCCGCCAAGCUGACCGUGGAGGCCCGGUCCCCGCUGCUGGUCAGAGAGCUGAGGGACGUGGAGGUCACGGCCCCCGACCCAGCCUGCUUUGAAUGUGAGCUGUCGGGGCCCGUCCUGCGAGGCCCCGCGUGGAGCCUGAAGGGCGAGCCCCUGCAGCCGGGCCCCCGGGUGCUCGUGGAGACGAUGGGCGCGGUGCACAGGCUGACCCUCAGACAGACCUCCCCAGACAUGAGCGGGGAGGUGGGGUUCACCUCCGGGGGGGCCAAGAGCAGAGCCCAGCUUCGGGUACGCAGUGAUCCGUGAUCUUGGGCCUGUCGUCAGCUGACAUGGAUGCAGCCUUUAAGUUAUAACUAUUGUAUGUAUUUACAAACAGUGUGUCUAUAAAAGUGGUUUAAACAGGGUUUUCAUGCAGUUAAUUAAGGGAGUGGAUUUUCUUUCAUUAACGAGCGUUGGAGAAUUGUCUUUAUGAAAUUGUAAAAGUUCAUGUAAAAGUUGUCAUAGUUGGUGUGAUUUUGAAAUACCUCCUUAAUUCUAAUCCUAAUUGCAGUUUGGAUGUAAAUAAUAUUAACCAUGUUAUGGAAGUAAAAACAUCUAUUAUCUAUUCAUGCCACAAACACCUGAUUUAAAAACAGAUUAAAUGAAUGGGAAACUACAAUUUUGGUUUAAAAAAUGUGACAUUAGAAAAAUGAAUGAUUGGUAGUUAAUAAACGAAUGAUUGUUAGUUAAUAAACACAAAUAUACGAGUCCUAUAUGUCAUAUGUUAAUUGCCCUUUUAGGACAUUAGCUCUCUCCUGCAUGAACACCAGUUAGCUUUCAUCUUUAAACAUUUCUCAUUUGCAAAAGACAUGUCCAGUUGUGCUAAUUAUUAAGCAAUAUAACCUGAUUUGCCGAUAUUUUAGUUUUCUCAUAUAUCAGAAGAUGGUUUUCAGUUUUAACUGUUACUAUACAAUAUUCUGUGUAUAAUUUUGAUUUUACAAUGGAUCAAAGCAACGAUGCAUUACAUUUAACAAUUCAAAAAUCUUUUUAUCAGUUUUCAGUUGUAUAGAUACAAGGUUCUUUUUUUACAUUUUUGAUUUGAAGUUUGAAAGAAGACAACUUUGUUGUGCAGAAUGGGCUUGUAAUGUAAAUACAUUAGGACAAAAAUCCAGUGAUUUAGGAAAGAAAUGGGUAAAGAAAAGGACUUGAUCGCCCUGAUUGAUGCUAGUUUGAUUGUUGAGAGAGUCUUGUGUUGAAUGAUAGUCGUUUUCAUAUGAAAUCUGUUAUAUUCCAUUUGACUUGUUUCCUCUACCAUGUUGUGCUGAGCGUAAAGGUAUGUGACAAAAAAGAAAUGCUGUAGUAAUAUAAUAAUAUGACCUCCUUAAAUAAAACAUGCUUUGUGA